ACAACUAUAUUACCAUUACUACUUAUUUUUGCACUCCUCAUGUUCCUCCUCCUGAAAAAAUAUGUGGAGCAGCAAUAAGCGGAAAAAAGAAAUCCCCUAACGGAUCGAUAUCUGAUACCCGAACUCUUCACUAUAACAGUCACCUUUAUCACGUUUACUAAUUCCUGUUCAUCCAUAUAACCUCAAAAUUUACUGAAGUACUUUCUUUAUCAUUACUUAACUACUCUUAAAUAGUUCUGGUCCUAUUCCAGUAUUUCCAAACAUCCAUUCUGUACGAUUAUUCUUUGUACACUCAUCAUCCUUCAUCUGCCCCCAAUUUUUUUUCACAAUCUCCCUCACUAAUUUUGCCAUAUCCCUGGAUCACAAAUUCUGCUUAUAACUUAAUAAUUAUACUUAUAAUACUUUUAAUUAAUCCUUAACACAUAUAAUGGCAAACACCACUACAGAUCAAAAUCCUCUGGAUCCUUCUCAACAACUCCCAAAUCGACUACCGUCUAAUGGUUUUCGUCGGACCUCCAUAGAUUCAUUUGAUCUCGUUGCUGAAGAUCCUUUACAUCAUUCUCGUCAACAAACUCCAAAUAAUAAUUCAGUAUUUGGUAAAGCAAAACAGUUUCUUGUUCAAUCAAUAUAUCUCCCAUAUAUUUCCCCUAAUGUUGGAGUCUCUUUACUCAUUUUAUCACAAUUUUUCAAUUCAAUAAUGGUAACUACUUGUAAAUUAUUAGUUACUGAUAAGGAUUUUAAUGUUCCAAUUCAUCCUUUACAAAUCUUAUUUGUUAGAAUGUUUAUUACUUAUAUUUGUUGUCUUUUAUACAUGUUACUCACUAGAUCUGUACCUGAUGCUCCAUUUGGUGCAAAAUCUUUACGUCCAUUAUUAUUUUUAAGAGGUAUAGUUGGAUUCUUUGGAGUAUUUGGUUUAUAUUUUUCUUUACAAUAUUUAUCCCUUAGUGAUGCUGUAGCCAUUACAUUUUUAAUUCCUAUGGUUACAGCCUUUUUAGCUUGGACUAUGCUUCGUGAAAGUUAUUCAAUCUUAGAAGCUGUAUGUUCAAUUAUUUCUCUUGGUGGAGUUAUUCUUAUUGCUAAACCUCAUUUUAUUUUUGGAUCUGAAUCAGAUUCAGAAACUUCGGUUGAUGAAUCUAUUGAAUCUUCUUCAACUGAAAAGAGAUUACUUGCUACAGCUGUUGGACUUGUUGGAGUUUGUGGUGCCUCUUCAGUUUAUAUUAUUCUUCGUAAAAUUGGUAAACAAGCUCAUCCUUUAUUAUCAGUAAGUUAUUUUGCUUUAACUUGUUGUAUAAUUACUUUUGUGGCUAUUCUUAUUAUACCAGGUUUAAGUUUUGUAUUACCAUCUAAUGGUUAUCAAUGGUUAUUAUUUUGUUUAAUUGGAUUUUCAGGAUUUUUUAUGCAAUUUUCAUUAACAGCUGGUGUUCAAAGAGUUGCAGCUGCUAAAGCUUCUCUUAUGUCUUAUUCUAAUAUGGUAUUUGCAUUAAUGUGGGAUUUAACUAUUUGGGGUCAUCUUCCUGGUAUAUUAAGUUUAUUAGGAAUUAUUCUUAUCAUUUCCAAUGCAUAUAUUAUUAUUAGAUAUAAACCAGAAGAUCCAAAUCAUUCAAAUACCACAUCUCCUGAUCCAGAUCUUGAAAGUGGUAAGUAUCAGAAUCUCAGCAAUUCCGAAUCUAUUUCCUUACAAGAAUUCAUUAUCGAUGAUGAUGAUAAUGGUGAAGAAGAUUCUAAGAAACCAUCACUGCAUUGAUACAUAUAGCAUUCGACUUUUUUUUUUAUUAUCUACAUUUACAUUUGGUUUAUAUAAACUUUCUACGUUUU